GUCUAGCUCCGCCCCUCCGCCGCGUCCGGCCCGGCCCGGCCCAAACAGCAGAGCUUCGGUAUAGUUGAGUAGAAGCUGCAGCCGGGCCGGGACCUGGAGGCGCGCGGCGCAAGCCGGUGGCAGAGCCAUGGCGGGCGAGGAAGACCGCGGGGACGGGGAGCCGGUAUCAGUAGUGACCGUGAGAGUGCAGUACCUGGAAGACACCGACCCCUUCGCGUGUGCCAACUUCCCGGAACCGCGUCGGGCCCCCACCUGCAGCCUGGACGGGGCGCUGCCCCUGGGUGCACAGAUUCCCGCGCUGCACCGCCUGCUGGGGGCGCCGCUCAAGCUGGAGGACUGUGCCCUGCAAGUGUCUCCCUCUGGAUACUACCUGGACCCUGAGCUGUCCCUGGAAGAGCAGCGGGAGAUGCUGGAAGGCUUCUAUGAAGAGAUAAGCAAAGGGCGGAAGCCCACGCUGAUCCUGCGGACCCAGCUCUCUGUGAGGGUCAACGCCAUCUUGGAAAAGUUGUAUGGCUCCAGUGGCCCUGAGCUCCGCCGCUCCCUUUUCUCAUUGAAGCAGAUCUUCCAGGAGGACAAGGACCUGGUGCCUGAAUUUGUACACUCAGAGGGGCUGAGUUGCCUGAUCCGUGUGGGUGCUGCUGCUGACCACAACUACCAGAGCUACAUCCUUCGAGCACUGGGCCAGCUGAUGCUUUUUGUGGAUGGGAUGCUGGGGGUGGUGGCCCACAGUGAGACAGUGCAGUGGCUGUACACACUGUGUGCCAGCCUGUCCCGCUUGGUUGUGAAGACGGCCCUGAAGCUGCUGCUGGUGUUUGUGGAAUACUCUGAGAGCAAUGCACCGCUGUUCAUCCGUGCAGUCAACUCUGUGGCCAGCACCAGUGGUGCUCUUCCCUGGGCCAAUCUGGUGUCCAUCCUGGAGGAGAAGAAUGGUGCCGACCCAGAGUUGUUGGUGUAUGCUGUCACCCUCAUAAACAAGACACUGGCGGCACUCCCGGACCAGGACUCCUUCUAUGACGUGACCGAUGCGCUGGAGCAGCAGGGCAUGGAAGCACUGGUCCAGCGCCACUUGGGCACCGCAGGCACUGAUGUAGACCUGCGCACGCAGCUUGUGCUCUAUGAGAAUGCCCUGAAGUUGGAGGAUGGAGACAUCGAGGAGACUGCAGCCAUGGGUGGGCGGCGGGAGCGACGAAAGCCUUCUUCAGAGGAGGGCAAAAGGAGCCGCAGAUCUCUGGAAGGCGGGGGCUGUCCAGUGCGCACCCUGGAACCUGGCCCCACAGGCCCCACCUCCUCCACCGGCCCUGCCCUGCUGACAGGCCCCACCUCCAGCCCUGUGUGCUCUCCCUCUGGCCUCAGCACUUCGGUGAACCUCUUUCCUACCAUCUCUGUGGCAUCCUCAGCUGACAACUCCUGUGAGAGGAGCAUCUACAAAGCCCGGUUCCUGGAGAAUGUGGCAGCAGCAGAAACAGAGAAGCAGGCUGCACUGGCCCAGGGCCGGGCAGAGACACUGGCUGAGGCCAUGCCUGAUGAGGCUGAUGGACACCCAGACAUCCGGGAAAUGUGGGACUCCCCAGAGACAGCCCCUGCACCCAGAAUACCUCAGAGCCCUGUCCCCCGAGUCCUGCUCCGGGCCCAGCGAAGCCUUGAGCCAGAGCCCAAGGAGCCACUGACACCACUAAGCCCCAAGGCUGAGCCCAUUCGGGAGAUCCCUUCCCGUGUACCCAGGCUCUGCAUUGGGGACCUGGACUUCUCAGAUCUGGGGGAAGAUGAAGACCAGGAUGUGCUGAACAUGGAGUCUGUGGAAGCCGUGGAAGGGGUCCCACCCCCACCACACACACUGCCCCUGCUCUCUGGAGGCCCCCCACCUCCACCUCCCCCACCUCCCCCACCCAUCAAGGGCCCCUUCCCACCACCUCCACCCCUGGCUGCCCCUCUUCCCCCCUCAGCAACUGAUGGCCCAGCCCUCCCCACCAAGAGAAAAACAGUAAAACUCUUCUGGCGUGAACUAAAGCUGGCUGGGGGCUGUGGAGGCUCUGGAAGCCGCUUUGGGCCAUGCCCCACCCUGUGGGCCUCACUGGAGCCUGUCUCAGUGGACACAGCCCGGCUGGAACACCUGUUUGAGUCCCGUGCCAAGGAUGUGCUGCCCUCCAAGAAAGCUGGCGAGGGCCGCCGGACAAUGACCACAGUGCUGGACCCCAAACGCAGCAAUGCCAUAAACAUUGGCUUGACAACAUUACCCCCUGUGCAUGUCAUUAAGGCUGCCCUGCUCAACUUUGAUGAGUUUGCUGUCAGCAAGGAUGGCAUUGAGAAGCUACUGACCAUGAUGCCCACGGAGGAGGAGCGGCAGAAGAUCGAGGAAGCCCAGCUGGCCAACCCUGACAUACCCCUGGGCCCAGCCGAGAACUUCCUGAUGACUCUUGCCUCCAUUGGGGGCCUGGCCGCCCGCCUACAACUCUGGGCCUUCAAGCUGGACUAUGACAGCAUGGAGAGGGAAAUUGCUGAGCCACUGUUUGACCUGAAAGUGGGCAUGGAACAGCUGGUACAGAAUGCCACCUUCCGCUGUAUCCUGGCUACCCUGCUAGCUGUGGGCAACUUCCUCAAUGGCUCCCAGAGCAGUGGCUUUGAGCUGAGCUACCUGGAGAAGGUGUCAGAGGUGAAGGACACGGUGCGUCGGCAGUCGCUGUUGCACCAUCUCUGCUCGCUGGUGCUCCAGACCCAGCCUGAUUCUUCCGACCUCUACUCAGAAAUCCCUGCCCUGACCCGCUGUGCCAAGGUGGACUUCGAGCAGCUGACUGAGAACCUGGGGCAGCUGGAGCGCCGGAGCCGGGCAGCUGAGGAGAGUCUUCGGGGCCUGGCCAAGCAUGAGCUGGCCCCAGCCCUGCGUGCCCGCCUCACCCACUUCCUGGCCCAGUGUGCCCGCCGUGUUGCCAUGCUGAGGGUAGUGCACCGCCGUGUCUGCAACAGGUUCCAUGCCUUCCUGCUCUACCUGGGCUACACCCCACAGGCAGCCCGUGAGGUGCGCAUCAUGCAGUUCUGCCACACGCUGCGGGAGUUUGCACUUGAGUAUCGGACUUGCCGGGAACGGGUGCUGCAGCAGCAGCAGAAGCGGGCGACGUACCGUGAACGCAACAAGACCCGGGGACGCAUGAUCACCGAGACAGAGAAGUUCUCGGGUGUGGCUGGGGAGGCCCCCAGCAACCCCUCCAUCCCAGUGGCUGUGGGCAGUGGGCCAGGCCGGGGUGAUGCUGACAGUCAUGCCAGUAUGAAGAGUCUGCUAACCAGCAAGCCUGAGGACACCACACACAGCCGCCGCAGCAGAGGCAUGGCCCAGAGCAGCUCCCCAGUGAUGCCCACAGCAGUGGGGCCCUCCACUGCAUCCUCAGAAGAACCUCAAGGCUCCAGUUUACCCAGUGACACAUCAGAUGAGAUCAUGGACCUGCUGGUGCAGUCAGUGACCAAGAGCAGUCCUCGUGCCUUAGCUGCUCGGGAACGCAAGCGUUCACGUGGCAACCGCAAGUCUUUGAGACGGACAUUGAAGAGCGGGCUCGGAGAUGACCUGGUGCAGGCACUGGGACUCAGCAAGGGUCCUGGCCUGGAAGUGUGAAGGUGGUGAUCCCCGGAAACCUAUUGGGACCCCAACCUGCAGUGCAAAAGAUUAUGCAGCAAGGAGGGCCCAAAGCAGAAUUCUGGCCCCAAAACUCUGUGUCCAGGGGCUAGACCUUGAGCAGUAUUACGUGUGUGUGUGUGUGUGUGUGUGUGUGUGUGUGUGUGCAUGCGCAUAUGUGUGAGCUCCCUGAACUCAUGGAGCAAAAUAAAGUUUUCCUAGCUAAUCCAA